AUGCCCAUUGCUGUCGCCAAGCGCGACUCGCACCCCUCCUGCGACACGCCCCUUGUCUACCUCCUUAGCAGCACCCACCUCUCGUCCCCGAGAGCCCUCCUGAACCUCCUCCACAACGCCGAGUUCCUCACCCCGCUCAAGGACAACUGCCGGCCAACGCUGCUCCAGAACUACCCCGUCUCUCUGUGCCCCCUCGUGCGCCCGCUCGCAGCAGACACAAGACAUAUCACGCACCUGAGCUAUGCGGUCGUGUGCCAUCUUCCCGGGAGCGGGGGCUCGCCCCGCGUUGUGGCUGCAGCGAUCGUGAGCGACCGUAUCGGGGACGGCGAGUUCGACUUUCUCGACGGCGCAGGGGCAGCAGCGGCGGCGCUCAUUCCGCCCGCUACGAGCCCGCGUCGCUCCGUCUUUGGCGGCGCCACAGAGCACCCCUAUGCCUCGGCGCUGACGAUCAAGCAUGACGCGUGCCGCCUGUCUGCUGCGCUAGGCUUGGAGGUCGUCGUGUCGAAUGGCCACCGGCAUGUGCUCGCAAACUCGGACUUCGUCGGCGCGAGCUUUGGCGUCACGCGUGGAGGUGAGCCGGUGGGUCCUGUGGCCGGCGCGGGCGGCGGCGCAGUAGAGGAGCGCGGGAUGGGCCUCUGGCGGACGCUCGCCAUGCAGACCCAUGGUCGUCUGCUCGACCGCGCAAGGACCGCGGCGCACCCACCACGCACCCCAACCGGAGUUCCCCUCACCGCGUUAAGUGUCAAGACGGGGGCGCCGCUAUCACAGAAGCGCAAGCGCAAGCAGCCAGAGCCGUUACCGCUCGCCGCUCGUCUGGGCCCGCUAGCGCCGCCGCCCUCCGACUCUCCGCCGCCCCCACCGCCGCCGGCUUCUCCAGCGCCCCCGCCGCCCUCUUCACACGGCCCACAUGCGCCGGUUCACGUCCCGCCGCGUGCUAUCCACCCGCUCAACGCCCACGUCACUCGCCUCUCGUCUGUGCAUGAGACGGUGCACUUUCUCGCCCUCCCCGCCUUCCGCGAGCUGCUCGUGCCGGGUGCGAAGCCUUGGCUCCGGAGUAACUGGCCAGUGCCCGAUCUGCCCGACGAGCCGGCGCGCGAGAAGCCCCGCGUGCUGUCCUUUGCCAUCGUGUACUCUGCGCCCGAACACGCCGGUGACGAUGCCGCCCCAGAUCCUACGGCGCCAGCAGUCCACGUUGCUGCCGGCGCGGUAGUCACGAAGACGCUCACCGACGCCGACUUUGACUUCCUCGACUCGCUCUUCCUCCCCCCGAGCGCGGGGAUCAGUGGCGAGAUCCCCGCGUCGCCUGCGCCCACGGUGCCAGUGUUCACCGUCAGCACGGCGAGCGGUCGCCAGGCGAUAACGUACACCGACAAGCGGUGGCGCGCCCUCAAGUUAGUGUACGACGGGAUUGACAUGGCGCGCGCGCUCGGCCUCGGGGUGUGGCUGUCCAACGGGCGGCGUAGCGUACGCUGUGCCGCCGCCGGGGCGAGCGCGAGCUUCGGCACACGAGCCGACGGGACCCUCGUGGAGGACAAGCGCGAGGAGGAAGCUGGGCGUGAAGUCGGCGAGAUUGUCGAGGUACAUCGCCCGGGCAGUGGUGGGAGCCGUCGCUCCUCAGCGGCGUGGACCGACGGCGUGUUUGGGUUGAUGGUCGGCGACGCGUUCUGGGCCAUGAGGAGGUAG